AUGUUGUCCUCGUGGGACACAGUCGGCUCCGGCUUGCCUCUCUCCGACUCCAGAAUCCUCACGGGAGAGGCCCCUCUGGAAAGCGCCCCCUCUCCGCCCGCCUCUGUCACAACACUCCCUCAACUCUUCAGCCACCGAGCAGAACAGGAGCCCGAGAACGUUGCGUUCUCGUGUCAAACUGAUAAUGGAUUCAUCCAGAUGACAUAUCGGCAAGCAGAUGCUACCGCAGCAUCACUGGCCGCUCAAAUUGCUCGACUGCAUAUCCGAUCCAACAACAAAGCAACAGUAGUGGCAAUCUGGCUCGAGAAAGGCCUUGAUCUCAUCCUCAGUAUCCUCGCCACAACAUAUUCAGGAGCAACAUGGUUACCAUUCGACCCCGAUGUCCCCGUCGAGCGGGCUACAGUCUGCGUCCAAGACGCGUCCGCUUGCUUGGUGAUCUGCGAUGCCGAGCAUCUGGACCGUGCUCGCGAUGUGCAAGCGCGCUGCGAAGCUGACGGGAGGUCACCUCCACACGUUCGCGCAAUCGCAGACCUUCACGCAGAAUCGAAGACUGUCGCUUCACAGCGCCCCACAGGCCCGGGCCCAAGAGAUGCCGCCUACCUGAUCUACACGAGUGGAACCACUGGAACGCCGAAAGGCAUUGCUAUCCCUCACUCCGCUGCUCUCGUCUUCUCCCUCAGCGAGAGGGAGGUCCUCCAGACCAGCAGCCAGGAUGUUGUCUGGAAUGGUUUCAGCCCAGCUUUUGAUAUGUUUGUAUGGAAUACCCCUCGCCAGCGUUUCGGUCGAGAAGAGCACAUUGCUAACAACUGCCGUAUAGGUCGAGGAAAUGUGGGUGACCAUUGCAGGCGGCGGUCACCUCGCCAUUGGCACUCGCCAGGAAUGCAGAGAUGUUGGUGGACUACCUGCAAUCUGGGAGCAGCGGGGAGUCACAGUUGUGAACGCAGUCCCGACACUCAUCGGAAUCAUGGGCAUCUCCCAAAUCGACACCGACUCUUAUCUGCUGCCACCCUCAAUACGUCUCAUCAACCUUGGCGGCGAAGCCUGCCCGCUAGCACUGGUCAGUCGCCUCGCAAGACCGGGGCUACGCAUCAUCAAUACGUACGGUCCGACCGAGACCACCGUAACUGCCACUUGGGACGAGCUUCAGCCCGAUGUCCCCGUCACGAUAGGAAGACCACUGCCAUCGUAUCACGCCUGCAUCGUCCCGAUAUCCGAGGACGGACUGUCAGUACCACUAGAGCCCCUAGAGCUAAAGGCAGAUGUCGAGGGAGAACUUUGCAUCGGGGGUCCAUGCGUUGCGCUGGGCUACGUUGGAAGGGAAGAGUUGACCGCGCAAAAAUUCAUUCAGCAUCCGCUCCGACCUGACAGCGGAGAGCGAUUAUACCGCACUGGAGAUCGCGUAAGGCUUCAGUCCGACUUGCGAAUAGUAUUCCUCGGCCGCAUCGACACGCAAGUGAAGCACAGAGGCUUCCGAAUCGAGCUUGGCGAGAUCGAGUCACGCAUCAGCAGCCAUCCGGAUGUGCAGGCCGCUGCCGUCAUCUUGACAAACGAAGGCACUGAUGCUGCUCGGCUGGAAGCUUUCGUCGUGACGCGGCCUGAAGCGGCUCAAGACGUGGCCUCCAUCCACCAGCUUGCCUCGCAGCAUCUCCCCUCAUACAUGCGUCCAGAGGAGGUCUACUUCCUGGAUGCCGACGAGAUGCCCAGACUCCCAAGUGGCAAGAUCAAUGCCAAGGCACUUCACGAGGUCUCUGUCAGGAAGGCUGAAGAAUUUUCGGCAUCUACCCUGACUGACGUCGAUUCCUCUGCGCCGUCUAUCGUCGAGUUGGACCCCGACAGCCCGCUGAGCAUCUUGCUGAAGACAUUAGCAUCUGUGUUUCCACAAGCUGGUAGGAUCAAGCCCGAAGCGGACUUCUUCGACGACCUUGGCGGUCACUCGUUAUUGGCCGCUGUUCUGGUGUCGAGACUACGAAGCUACAAAAUCGCAGAUGGAUCCUGCCCAUUUGCCUCGGUGGGCAUGCCAGACGUCUAUGAAGGACGCACUCCAAUCGACAUUGCUGCGAGGUUCUCGAGAUACCAUGACAACAGCAGCAGCAGCACUCUUGCUGGAUUCGAGGAUGGGAAUGAUGCCGAGGGCACUGGUCCACAAACUGGAGAUUGCUGGCCUGUUUCACGAAAACGAUUCGUACUCUGCGGCUUGGCACAAAGCAUUGCGCUGAUCUUCCUGUUCUUCAUCCAAUCCAUCAACAUCCUGGUCCCCUAUCUGGUCUUUGACUACCUGACAGUCCAACACGGAACGCUCGGUUUUGCCAUCCUUGCGAGUUAUGGCAUAUUCGUUGCCCUUCCUCCGCUGCAAACUGUCUUGGCCAUUCUCGGGAAAUGGAUCCUCCUUGGAAAGACGAAGGAAGGCGAACAUCCUCUCUAUGGCUUUUACUACUUUCGUUGGUGGUUCGCGGAGCGCCUGGCUGCACUCGCCGAUCCAAAGCUCAUCGCCGACUCUGCACUCUAUCCCUUCUUCCUGCGAGCAAUGGGUGCUAAAGUUGGCCACUACUGCCAUCUCGGGCCUAUGCGCGUUGGAGCAGCCUGCGAUCUCGUAGAGAUUGGCGACGAUGUCGUUGUUGGCGGAGAUGUGGCCCUCGGAGUUUGUGUCGUCGAGAGAGGCAGACUCAUCCUGAGAAAAAUUGUCAUUGGCAAUGACGCUAUCAUCGGCACCAAUUCUGCCAUCGAGGGAGGCGCCGUUGUCGAAGAGGGAGCUGAAGUCGGAGCACUCUCCAUGGUUCCCGACGGCAUGAGGAUUCCAAGCUUCCAGCGCUUCCAUGGAUCUCCCGCUCAGUUUGACCGUGAAGUCAAGGAGGGCGAAGCCGCUCUUGGACGUGCAUCCCGGCCCUCGAAGAUUCGCUCUGCCGCAAUGGCGACGGGCAAUUUCGUCCUCGCUACCUUUAUGCUUCCGCUGCUCUACACUUUGCCUCAGAUUCCGGGUCUCGUGCUCUUCGAUUACGUCAACCUCAGACAUGUCGGCGACUGGGGACAAGUUGCCCUCUUUGCGAUACCGAUCGCGAUCGCAUAUGAACUCGUUGUCUUCGCCCAGCUCAUCUUUUUCCGACACAUAGUAUUGGGCAAGCUCCGAGAAGGCAAAUACAAGGUGUACAGCGUGUUCUAUCUUCGCAAGUGGUUCAUCGAGCGAGUCAUGGAUCUUGCUCUGGUCAUUCUGCACCCGGUCUUCGCGACAUUGUACAUUGUUCCUUUCCUCAGGAUCCUCGGUGUCAAGAUUGGCAAGCGCGCAGAAGUCUCGACUGCUCGAGGGCUGAACUUCGAACUGCUGGAGAUCGGCGACGAGAGCUUCGUCGCGGAUCUUGUCAUGAUGGGAGACGUUGAAAUCCGAGGCAAUGAGUUGACACUGAAGAAGACCAAGUUGGAGAAUCGUGCAUUCGCCGGAAACGUUUCACUGCUGCCGCAAGGAACCACUCUGGCCUCCGAGACGCUCGUGGGUGUCCUCUCGAUUGCUCCACCUAUCGACAAGCCGCUGGCCAGCAAUACCUCCUGCUUCGGCUCACCACCAGUUCGCAUGCCCGCUCGAUACCGGGCCCAGGGCCAUUCGGACAAUCUCCGCUUCAACCCGUCAAGAGGUCGCGUCGCAGCCCGUCUCACCAUCGAAGGCCUUCGUAUCGUACUGCCCCGUGCCGUCAUGAUUUUCGGCCUUGGUUUCUCGCUCCAAAUCAUUUACGACGGUUACACCGGCAUUGGCGCGGUAUACACCUUGCUCCUGCUACCCGCAUUCUUCUUCUUCAUGUUUGCUCUGCCGUCGCUGUUCAUCACUGCCGCAUUGAAAUGGAUCCUCAUCGGUCGCUACAAGCCGGCGGAAUGGCCACUCUGGAGUCUGAACGUCUGGCUGUCCGAGAUGAUCACAUCAACAUACGAAACCAUCACGGCCACGUGCCUGACGAAUAUGCUCGUCGGUACGCCCUUCCUCGCGUGGUGCUUCCGGCUCUUGGGUGUCAAGGUCGGAGCUCUCGCGACGCUCCUCCACGCCGACAUCACCGAAUACGACUGCGUGACCAUUGAAGACGAAGCCGUCGUCAACCAAUUCUGCGGCAUGCAAACCCAUCUCUUCGAAGACCGCGUCAUGAAGGUGGGAAACGUCCACCUUGGCAAGCAAGCAUGCAUCAAGCCAUACGCCAUCUGUCUGCCCGGCAGUACUCUGGGCGCCGGAGCUCAGCUCGGAAGUCUAUCGCUCGCCAUGAAGGGCGAGACUCUGCCCGCAGGCACUGCCUGGGAGGGAUCUCCCGUCGCGCCGCGAGGCAGGAGGAGGAGGAACCUCACUACUACCGCGACGCGGACCUGGGAUACGAGCGACUCUACUACUGUUUUCGAGAAGAUGAAUGCGAACAGUGGCGAGACGACCCGACCUGCUAGCAAAAUGGAAGUUUGA